CGCCCCACUCCGACAAUGCAGCAGCCGCCGCCCCCGCCGCACCACCACCACCACCACCACCACCACCACCACCAGGACUCCGAUCACCCCCAGCUCCCCACCAUCAAGAUCCACCACCCCUCCUCCCCCCGCCACCACCACUCCUCCGCCACCCCCACCGCCGGCGCCAACCGCAGGAUCGGCGUCGCCGUCGACCUCUCCGACGAGAGCGCCUUCGCCGUCCGCUGGGCCGUCGACCACUACCUCCGCCCCGGCGACGCCGUCAUCCUCCUCCACGUCAGCCCCACCUCCGUCCUCUUCGGCGCCGACUGGGGCCCCCUCCCCCACCUCCCCACCGCCGCCCCUUCCCCCGAGCACCCCCUAAACCCUAACCCUAGCCCCAACCACCAGAACCGGCCGGAGGAGGUCCAGAAGUCCCAGGACGACUUCGACGCCUUCACGAGCGCCAAGGUCGCCGAUCUCGCGAGGCCGUUGAAGGACGCCCAGAUACCGUACAAGAUCCACAUAGUCAAGGACCACGACAUGAAGGAGAGGCUGUGCUUGGAGGUGGAGAGGCUGGGCUUGAGCGCCGUGAUCAUGGGCAGCCGGGGGUUCGGCGCCGCGAGGCGAGGGAGCGACGGGAAGCUCGGGAGCGUGAGCGAUUACUGCGUGCAUCACUGCGUUUGCCCUGUUGUGGUUGUCAGAUACCCCGAUGAGAAAGAUGGUGGAAAUGGCGGCGAACCCAUCGUCGCGGUGAACGAGGUCGCCGAGGAGGAGGAUGAGGUGGCCGUGAGCGUGGCCAGAGACGAGCAGAAGCAGAAAGAUGCUUAGCAUCAACCAGGAGUGACGCCUGAUCGGCAUAUGUGCUGGUAUGCUUCUUUGGAUUGAACAUCACACAUGCAGUUCCUUCUUUGGUCUUUUGGUUUUGCUAUUUCUCUUAGAAGCAGAGGUUACUGUAGCCCUUCCCAACCAUUUAUUGCUUUGUGAUGACCUCUUUUAGUUUUCAUGCGAUGAUACAGGGGUUGCAAGCAUGACUGCAAUUUAGAUUUCACAAGCAGCUAAGCUGUUUCUUUUGGCUCUCCGAUGGGAUGCGAUAGCUAAUUAUGAGAGCAUAGCUGAACCGAUGAGGAGUUAAUGAAUGAGAUGAAUCUCGCUGUGUAAGCGGUGUAGGACUUGUUUGAUCACUUCUGGCCUUUGUUUUGUUGUGUAUGAACUUUGGGAGGUUUGGAUGAACAACUAAGUGUGCUUUUGAGGUUCAAGAUAAUGUUGUGUGGGGCGUUGUGUUGUUCGACCUAUUUGUGAUACAAACAUCGUAUCGUUUUCUAUGUUAAGAAUUGUUUUUCUCAA